GUAGAUCGGGGCGGUUGCCAGGGAAACCGAAAAAAUAUGCGUAACGCAUGUUUCGUGGAAAAAGACGAAAUCGAAGCCGAAAAAAACGCUGUUUUCGUAGGUGGAGAUAGUAGUAUGGGAACUUGUAUUAACCAAAU